UUCGGGGUUUACAAAUAGAAUUUUCCUCAAAAUAGAACUCACCUAAAAUUCUCCGUACUGUGCAAACCCAACCCGGACUGGGAAGCUGAGUAACUGCUCCGGGCUGCACAGCCGCGCAGAAGGAGAGAGGGCCCCUCCGUUGCAGAAGCGCGGCGGGCGGCGCGCGAUGGAGGCCGAGCAGCAGUGCGUUCGGGUGCUGUGCCCCAAGAAGACGCUCCUCCUGUCUUCCUCCUCCUCCUCCUCCUCCUCCUCCUCCGUCGGCCCGCGGCUGCUGCCGGGCGUCCGGUGGCUGAUCGGAUCCCCUCUCUUCCUUCCCCCUCUCACCAUCGCUGCCUCCUUCCGCUGCCUCCAACCCGACUUUGCCCGCGAAGGAGAUGAUAUUAGGACAUUAUUGUUGAAAGGAUUUGAUAUUAUUGGAGCAUUAUUUGUUGGUGGUGAAAACUACGAGAAAAAUGCCAGAAAAGCGAUAGAGGCCUCUCGGAGAUUAAGAAAGUCCAUUUUCAAUGAUGAAGGAGAUUAUAAUAUGAUAGGAGCAGCUGCUGAUACCAUUACCGGUGACAUUCGCUUUUUCGUCUCUGAUUCCAUACCGACAAAAAUUGUGGAAGCAUCUAAUGUUUUCUAUGAUGAAAAUCCUGAAAGAUAUUUAUGGGAGAACGGUUGCCUUCUCAGAUGUGAGCUGGGGUUCAAGUUGCCUAUAUAUCUUCCUCCAAACAAAACAUCAGAUAUCAAAGCAGCGGUUUCUUCUGCAAUAAAUUCUACUGCUAGCAAAUUGAGAGAUCCCUGUACUGCAUUCCUAGUUGAAGGUCGAAAUACCAGUUCUGAGGAAGCACCCCGUUCAACUGUUUUGUGCAGUAAGGAGUUGGAUUUCAACAUGUAUUCCCCCAAUCAGAUGCAUUCAGCCAGCACCAUGGGAUCCACGCCGCAUGCUUUGUCUUGUUCAUAUUUUCUUCCAAGAAGGCAUUUUACAUCAUCAUCAACUGCAAGAGAGAAUGCAGAUGCAAUUAAAGUAAGUGUCCUGUCUAAUCAAUCAAGAAACGAUGGAAGUGUUCCUGUUGUGGAGUAUUUUCCAGCAUUAGAACCAGUCAGGCUCAUGGUAAUCGGCCUCAAGCUAGAUGUACUCUGCUAUGCUUCAGAAGAUUUUCCAGUUGCGGCUGCAGUUUCUAGGUUGAUUGUGCCUGGACUGCUUGAUCAAUUGAAUGCUAUGAAAAUGGCCAUUAUUCCAGAACUUUUGACACAAUCACCUCAGCUCUCUCCUUACCACUUCCUACCUCCUGGGCUUUUGAUUCCAGUAACUACAAUAUAUGAUCUCAAGUAUGGGGAGACAGAAGAAAAGCAAGGCCAAAUUAGAAAAUCCCUACACUUAAGAUUGGGAUUGCCAUUGGACCGUCCUUUAUUGCGCAUUGCUAAUGCACUCACUUUUGGCACAAAAGAAAUUACGAUCAACUCAUUUACGGAUGGUACCUCAUUACUUCAGGAUGUCCACACUGAAAUCCCAAGCAGUGGCGUUUCCGGAGGAUUUACUGCUUUAAUUGAUGGUUCCUAUGAAUACUAUCAUUAUCUUCUUGAUGGAUUUGAUGACAAUGGAUGGGGAUGUGCUUAUCGUUCGCUGCAAACAAUCAUAUCUUGGUAUAAACUUCAAAUGUAUACAUCGAUCAAUGUUCCUUCCCACAGAGAGAUUCAGCAAGCUCUUGUUGAGAUCGGUGAUAAGGAGGCCUCUUUUGUUGGAUCACCCGAAUGGAUUGGAGCCAUUGAGUUGAGCUUCGUUUUGGAGAAGCUUCUCGGUGUUACUUGCAAGAUCAUAAGCGUGAGAUCUGGUGAGGAGCUUCCUGAGAAAUGCAGAGAGCUUGCUUUGCAUUUUAAGACACAAGGAACCCCUAUAAUGAUUGGUGGUGGAGUACUAGCGUAUACACUCUUGGGAGUUGACUAUAAUAUGGCUAGCGGGGAUUGUGCUUUCCUUAUCCUUGAUCCUCACUACACUGGCAAAGAUGAUCUAAAGAAGAUUAUAAGCGGCGGAUGGUGCGGAUGGAAAAAAGCCGUAGAUAACAAAGGCCGGAGUUUCUUCCUCAAAGACAAGUUUUAUAAUCUUCUGCUUCCACAACGGCCCAAUAUGGUCUGAAAAUCAUGCAAAAAUAUUCGUUUGGUGAGUAGUACAACAAAUAGUAGGCAAACAUGAAGGGGAAAAAGGUAUACAUACUACAAGAAGCCAACAUUUUCAUGCUUUUAAUGCAUGUAUUAGUUAGAAGACUAGGGAGAUUUCCGGAGCCAUUUCUAUGUCAGUUUCUGUUCUACUUGUUGGUUUGCAUUUUAUGCAAUUCCCGUAGGGGCUGAAUAAAGUAUUCUAAGCUCUAGGUUUGUAAAAGUUAUGCUGGAAAAGAUUUCCGAGUUUCUCGCCUGAAUUAUUUCAACCUAGACACUUUAAUCUUGGGCUGUUUGCCAUAGUUAAUAUAUCCUGUCAUCUGGUUUACGUCAUGUUCUAUGCGAUUGAAGACAUUUUAUCUAUGGAUUUGUUUACGGUACGUUA